GCUGCGCCUCUGUGACAAGGGAAGCACUGCUUACUCUAGCAGCAGCAGCUGAUCACGUUUCCAGCCGCUGCUUCCUAUCGCUGUAUUCACUCGGCUCCCGUAGGAGCAGGAUUGUUGGCGUUGGAUGUUGUUCUCAGGGAGAUGAGCCCCUUAUCCGGAUUGAGGCCGGGUGUGAUGUGCAGCGCAGGACACAGCCAGCUUGGAGUUGCUGAUAUGUGUUCAAAAUGAGUGGGAUUGGAGAAAACACCUCUGACCCUUCCAGGGCAGAGACGCGCAAACGAAAGGAAAGCCCAGACCAGCUUGGCCCCAGUCCUAAACGAAGCACUGACAAGCGAAACCGCGAGCAGGAGAAUAAAUACAUAGAAGAACUCGCCGAGCUGAUUUUUGCAAAUUUUAAUGACAUCGACAACUUUAACUUUAAACCCGACAAAUGUCUCAUUUUAAAGGAAACUGUGAAGCAAAUUCGUCAGAUCAAAGAACAAGAAAAAGCAGCAGCAGCAAAUGAGGAUGAAGUUCAGAAGGCUGAUGUGUCCUCAACAGGCCCGAGCGUCAUAGACAAGGAUGCCCUUGGACCAAUGAUGCUUGAGGCGCUGGAUGGGUUCUUUUUUGUGGUGAAUCGGGAAGGGAAUGUGGUUUUCGUCUCGGAGAAUGUGACCCAGUAUCUCCGAUACAACCAGGAAGAGCUCAUGAAUACAAGCGUGUAUAGCAUCCUGCACGUCGGAGAUCACAACGAGUUCAUCAAAAACCUGCUGCCAAAGUCUUUAGUGAAUGGGGGACCUAGACGUAAUAGCCAUACCUUUAAUUGCCGUAUGUUGGUGAAACCAAUGACAGAGGCAGAAGAAGAAGGUCAUGACGGCCAGGAAGUACACCAGAAAUAUGAAACUAUGCAGUGCUUUGCAGUAUCCCAACCAAAGUCCAUUAAAGAGGACGGAGAAGAUUUUCAGUCAUGCCUAAUUUGUGUGGCCAGAAGAGUUCCAAUGAAAGAGAGGCCUCCGCUUCCCACAACAGAGACAUUUACCACACGUCAGGACUUGCAAGGCAAGAUCACGUCUUUGGAUACAAGCACCAUGAGGGCGUCAAUGAGACCUGGAUGGGAAGAUUUGGUGCGGAGGUGCAUACAGAGGUUCCAUGCUUCACUUGACGGUGACAUGUCUUACAGCAAGAGGCAUCACCAAGAAGCUCUCAGGCAAGGACUUGCGUUGAGUCCGAUGUACAGAUUUUCUCUGUCCGAUGGCACGAUGGUGACCGCCCAGACAAAGAGCAGGCUCAUUCGUUCACAGACUAAUGAUCCUCAGCACGUAAUAUCCAUACAUAUGCUUCAAAGAGAACAUAAUAUGUGUGGAAUGAAUCAGGACAUGGCUGGACAAGGCAUGGGAAAGACUUAUAACCCCGUUAGCUCCGGCAGUCCAGCCCACCAAACCAUGUGCAGUGGGAACCCUGGUCAGGACACAACCAUAAGUAGCAAUAUGAAUUACGCCAUAAAUGGCCCAAAGGAACAAAUGGGCUUGCCAGCAGGUAGAUAUGUCACUUCAGGGGGGAUGAACCAUAUCUCCAGCAUGCAAGCAAAUGCUCCUCAGGGUAACAACUAUGCACUCAAAAUGAAUAGCCCAUCACACGGAAGUCCUGGCAUGGGCCAGGGCCAGCCUAACUCUAUGCUAUCUCCCAGGCAUCGCAUGAGCCCAGGGGUGGCGGGAAGUCCUCGUAUUGCACCCAGUCAGUUUUCCCCUGCUGGAAGUUUGCAUUCACCAGUUGGCGUAUGCAGUAGCACAGGAAAUAGCCAUAGUUACACCAACAGCUCUCUAAAUGCACUUCAGGCGCUCAGUGAAGGCCAUGGUGGCCCUCUUGCCCCACAGCUUUCUUCUCCUGAACUGAAAGUAGGCAAUUUGCAAAACUCACCUGGUAAUAUGAACCCACCCCAACUUAGAAAGAUGGGGAGCAUGGACUCUAAAGAAUCGUUUGGGGCGUAUGGAGACCAGCCUGAAGGAGCAACCGGACAGGCAGAUAACAACUGCCAUUCGGCUGAGCAAAAAGACUGUAAUGAAAAUACGGCAUCUGGUGGUGACAAAAUAGAAGGACAGAACAGAUUGCUGGACAGCAAAGGCCAGACUAAACUGUUGCAGUUGCUCACCACCAAAUCUGAGAUGGAAACAUCUGGAGAUGCAAACGGCAAGGACUCAAUGGGACAUUUUCCAGUCAAUAAUAUGUCUGCCUCAACACAUGGAACCUCACUGAAAGAAAAGCAUAAAAUUUUGCACAGACUCCUUCAGGACAGUAGUUCUCCCGUUGACUUGGCCAAGCUCACAGCAGAGGCCACUGGGAAAGAACUGAACCAAGAGUCCAACAGCACAGGCUCUGGCUCCGAGAUCUCAAUAAAACAAGAACCAGUGAGCCCCAAGAAGAAAGAGAAUGCACUACUUCGCUACUUACUGGAUAAGGAUGACAGUAAAGAUAACUUGGCAGAUAUAACCCCCAAGUUAGAGCGCUUGGAUAACAAGAUAGACUCUUCCAGCUGCACAAAUCUUUCAGCUGUAAAAACUGAAAAAGAAGAGACAAGUUUUGGAACUAGUGAUCAGCAUUUACGGCCAAGUCCUGAUCUGGAUAACCUGGAUGAAAUCCUCGAUGACUUACAGAACAGCCAAUUAAACCAGCUCUUCACAGACACGCGGCCCGACGCCAACUCUGUCGAUAAACAAGCCAUCAUCAAUGACCUGAUGCAGUUAAGCGGCGACGGCGCAGGCCUACCUCCGGCAGUCCAGAAGCAGCGAAUGCUCCGGAUGCAGCAGAGCACUUUUAAUAACCCGCGAAUGGGCCAGCUUGGGAGAUUAUUACCAAAUCACAAUUUACCAAUGGACGUCAACUUACAGAACCAGACCGCUGCGGGAUCCUACCCACAAGUGAGGAAUAACAGUCCAUACUCUGCAAUGCAGUCUGGAAUGGUGGGCAACCAGGGCAUGAUGGGAGCUCAAGGAGGCAUGGGGCACAAUACCACCGGAAUGAUUGCUGGUAAUAACCCCCGAGCAGGCAUGCAGUCAGGAGAUUGGGGGGCUCAGCAGAUGGCAAUAAGAGGAACGUGCCCAACCACAGGCAGCCCCAUGAACCGGCCCAUUCAGGGCAUGAGCCGCAGCCCAAAUCCAAGCCUUCAGAUGAGACCCAACAACCAGGCGUGUCCGAGGCCGAUGCUGCAGUCACAGAUUAUGAAUAUGGGACACUCUGAAUUGGACUUGAAUGUAGGUGGCCCUCAGUACAACCCCCAGCCUCAAGCUCCCCCGAACCAGACGGCACCGUGGCCAGACAGCAUUCUGCCCAUCGAACAAACGUCUUACAACAAUCAAAGCAGGCAGCCCUUUGGGAACUCCCCGGAUGACUUGCUCUGCCAGCCCAUCUCAUCAGAUUCUCAGGCAGACGAGGGGAACCUUUUGGAUCAGCUUUAUCUUGCUUUGCGAAACUUUGAUGGACUGGAGGAGAUUGACCGAGCUCUAGGAAUCCCCGAGCUGGUUAGCCAGAGCCAGACUGUUGAUCCUGAAUCAUUUGUAAGUCCAGAUUCAAAUUUCAUGGAGCAAAAACCACAGAUGUUUAACCAUGGAUAUGCUGCUCAGGGGCAGAUGGCGCAGAAUAGUUAUACUCCAAUGCAGGAUCCAGGUUUCCACCCCAUGGGCCAACGUCCAAACUAUGGAAUGCUGCGCAUGCAGACGCGCCCUGGAUUAAGGCCACCAGGAAUGGUGCAGGGCCAGCCAAACCAGUUGAGGCUCCAACUGCAGCACCGGCUUCAGGCACAACAGAACCGACAGCCGCUAAUGAAUCCGGUCAAUAAUGUCUCGAAUAUGAAUCUGGCGCUGAGGCCUGGAGUACCAACACAGAUAAGGGAACAGGGACCGAUCAAUGCGCAGAUGCUGGCCCAAAGACAAAGGGAGAUCCUGAGCCAGCACCUACGGCAAAGACAACUACAACAGCAGCAGCAGCAGCAACAAGUGCAGCACAGGGCCAUGAUGAUGAGAGGACAAGGGCUUAAUAUGCCACCCAACAUGGUGGCCUCUGGAGCAAUGCCCACAUCAAUAAACAGCCCACGGAUCCCACAAGGCAAUGCGCAGCAGUUCCCAUUUCCACAGAACUACGGUACUGGAAUUCCAUCCCCACCACCUUUCACCAGCCCUUUCUCCCCAGUGCCCCCCAGCCCUGGGUCACAGUCGCUCUCUCACAGCUCUUUGCAUGGCUCCCAGAUGAAUCUGGCUAACCAAGGGAUCAUGGGGAGCAUGGGAGGACAGUAUGGGCCUGUCAUGAAUCCCCCAGUUCAGCACAAUGCCUUCCAGUUUGCCAACUCAGGGAUGAGCCAGCAGUCAGACCCUGGAUAUACCGUCGCACCAACUUCACAAAGUCCAAUACUGUCACCACGGAUGGCUCACACCCAGAGUCCCAUGAUGCAGCAGUCACAGAGCAAUCCCGUGUACCAGACGGCAGACAUGAACGGAUGGGCCCAGGGCAACGCUGGGGGGAACAGCAUGUUUUCGCAACCCUCACCACCCCACUUUGGGCAGCAAGGUGGAAACAACAUGUAUAACAACAACAAUAUGAACAUCGGUGUGUCUAUGGCAGCCAACGCAAGCGGGAUGAACAGCGUGAACCAGAUGACUGGGCAGAUCAAUAUGACCUCUGUGACCUCUGUGCCUACGUCAGGGUUGUCCUCAAUGGGUCCAGAGCAGAAAUACUGCUGAUCCUGAAGACUCUUUGGGUGCUUUUUUUCCAUCUGGAAGUGUUCUCUGCUCUGAAGAGCUCCAUGUACUUGGGAGUAUUCUUACAGACUGUCCUGGCAGCCGGGGGGGGAUUCUCCCCGGGGCGACAAGCACAGCGAGACGGAGCUCUUCCCUUAUUCUGCGCUAGAGCUGUGGCUAUUCUUAGAGAAGUCUCCUCGCCUGGCACUCGGGGGCCUGGACACGGACGGCCAGCCUGCUCACUGCAUUCACCUUAGUGCAACUUAGAUAUACCUUCUGCGGAGUCAUUACAGACGGGCAAAUUUCAUUGGACUAUCUGAGAUGAAUGUAUUUAAUUUUAUAUAUUUAAGGAAAACUAUCCUUUUCUCGAGUUGUUGACACUGGUUUCUAACCUCAUUUUCCCCUCUGGUGGUCAGCCCAUGAAGUCCUUUUGCUGCCGUAUGCAGGGUGGUGGUUGUAACGCUUUUGGGGGGGUGCGGGUGUCGUGAUUUAGAAAUGUCUAGUACUCUGGUGUGGGCGAGAGUUGAGUCGGUUAGGGAUAGAAGCGGGCUUGUUUAAUAUUAAUUUGAUUCUAGCAAAACCCAACAACUUUUUUUUUUUUUUCCUUUUAAAGGGGUGCAGGGGGGUCAUUUUUUUUUCUUUUGAUUUUUUUUUCUUGAGCAAUCUGCUCAGAUUGGGUAAGAAUAGCAUAACAUGUAGGCAGUUUCUGUUUUGACAACUUCUAUUUAAAUACUUUUUGAUCGUAGUCUAAGAUAGCAGGGAUUGUAUAAGUAUGUAAAUGAAAUAAUUUUAUUAGUCUUUAACAUUCAAAAAAAAAAAAAAAAAGUCAGAAUAUGGCACCCCACGGUGGAGAUGGAACUGAUUUUUAGCGUAUUCACGACAUUGCUGAAUGUGAGCGCCACCAAAGCUGCAGU